AUGCGACCGCCGUCGCCGCCGCGCCCGCCUGUCGCGUUCCCGACGCUGGACUCGCUGGCGGCGUUCCUCCGGCCGCGGCUCCCUCCGGGGGCGCCUGCACGCUCGCCGUGGGUGGUCCGCGCGGUGCACGUGGCCACGGUCCGCAUCCGCAACAGCCGCGGUGCGCGGCUCGUGGAGACCCGGCAGCUGCUCUCCGACGGCACGGUCCGGCGGCGCGGUCUGCGGCCGCUGUCCGAGAAGAUGCGGCCCGGCGAGUCCCCCGAGGCCGCCGCGGCGCGGGCCGUCCUGGAGGAGCUCGGCGCCCGCGCCCGCGUCCGGAUCCUCGGCGGGGACGGCGCACGCGUGGAGGAGCGGGAGUCCGCGUCCUACCCGGGCCUCCCCGCCCGCUACGUGCUCCACGCGGUCGACGCCAAGGUGGUGGACGGCGUGCCCGAGGACGGGGAGUUCGAGACCGAGGAGACCGGCGAGGACGACGGGGACGCCGGCGCCAUCACCGUGAAGCGCCACUACUGGGAUUGGAUCGACGACGACGACGACGACAGUGACAGUGAGCGCAAGGAGGUUGCUGCUGCCGGCGCGCUCGCGCACUAG